GUAUCACACCAAUAAAACCCUGAGGAGGAAUCUGAGCAGCACUCGUCCACACAGAGGAUCUAAGGUCUGCUGGGAUGGCUCGCUUGUCUGUUUUCAGCUUCUCCACUCUGGCUCUGCUGCUGCUGUCAGCCUGCUGCUGGGCCCACAAUGAGCAGGCAGAGGAUGACUCGAAGCUUUCUGUCUCUGAACUUCUGGAGAGAGCCAACAGGGAUCUGAUCCGCUCUGCUGAUGAACCCGACCUGGUUGAAGGAGACAUCGCCGUCGACUCAGAGGCUGAGAGAAAUGCCGACCCCUGCACCAGCCGUGGCUGCAUGUGGGGCAAGUGGACUGAUGGGAAGGUCUACAUCCCUUACUACAUCACCAAUCACUUCACCUCCCGUGAGGCGGCCAUCAUCACCCGUGGACUGGAGUCCUUCUCUUCCUUCUCCUGCAUCCGCUUCAGGCCCAGCAGAAGCAGCGACCGUGACUGGCUGCAGAUCGAGUCCCAGAACGGCUGCUGGUCCUACGUGGGCCGCCGUGGAGGAAAGCAGGUGCUGUCUCUGGCCCGUAGUGGAUGUCUUUACCACGGCACCGUCCAGCACGAGCUGCUCCACGCUCUGGGAUUCAACCACGAGCAGACCCGCUCUGACAGGGACAACCACAUCAGAGUCCUGCUGCAGAAUGUUAUUUCUGGAAUGGAGCACAACUUCAACAAGAUCGCCACCCUGAACCAGGGCACUUCCUACGACUACAACUCUGUCAUGCAGUACCACAAGUACGCCUUCUCCAAGAACAACCAGCCAACCAUGCUCCCCAUCCCUAACCCCAACGUGUCCUUUGGUAACGCCCAGGAGAUGAGCCGUAAUGACAUCGCCAGACUCAACACCCUCUACAAGUGCUAGAGGAGACAGCACACGUCCUCACAGAGAGGAGACACACACCGUCUCCACAGGAUCACGGACCAGAAGAAGACAUGACCUGGACUCAUCAACGAAACCGUUAUUGCUCAUAACAAUAAAGUAACUCUGGCUGAAA